ACUCCCACCCACACGCUCUCUCGCUCCACUCCGGAGGAGUGGGAGUAGGGGUAGAGGCGAUGGCGAUAGGGGCGUUCGUGGAGAGCGGCGGCGGCGCAGGAGCAGGAGGAGGAGGGUACAGCGGCCGGGUGACGCCGUACGUGGUGCUGACCUGCGUCGUCGCCGGCAGCGGCGGGAUCCUCUUCGGCUACGACCUCGGCAUCUCCGGUGGUGUGACCACAAUGGACUCGUUCCUGAAGAAGUUCUUCCCGGAUGUGUACCAAAAGAAGCAGGACAGCAGCACGAGCCACUACUGCGCGUUCGACAGCGAGCUCCUCACCGUGUUCACCUCGUCCCUCUACAUUGCUGGCCUCGUCGCGACUCUGUUCGCGUCGUCCGUCACAAGGAGGUACGGCCGCCGGACGUCCAUGCUGAUCGGCGGCACCGUGUUCAUCGCGGGAUCGGUGUUCGGUGGCGCCGCCGUCAAUGUGUUCAUGCUGCUCAUGAACCGGAUCCUACUGGGAGUAGGUCUGGGGUUCACUAAUCAGUCAAUCCCAUUGUACCUGUCAGAAAUGGCACCUCCACGGUACCGUGGUGCAAUCAACAAUGGCUUUGAGCUCUGCAUCAGCCUCGGCAUUCUCUUCGCAAACGUCCUUAACUACUGUGUCGUGAAGAUUACAGCAGGGUGGGGCUGGAGGAUAUCCCUUUCCAUGGCUGCAGUCCCCGCUGCAUUCUUAACCAUCGGUGCAGUCUUCCUCCCAGAAACACCCAGCUUCAUAAUUGAACGUGAUGGUGAUACUGACAAGGCAAGAAUACUACUUCAAAGACUUCGUGGAACCACUUCAGUCCAGAAAGAGCUUGACGAUUUAGUCGCUGCUAGCAACCUCUCAAGGACAGUUCAGUAUCCAUUCAGAAACAUAUUCAAGAGGAAAUACAGGCCACAGCUUGUCGUAGUACUGCUGGUCCCUUUCUUCAACCAACUUACUGGAAUCAACGUGAUGAACUUCUAUGCACCGGUUAUGUUCAGGACAAUUGGUCUGAAGGAGAGUGCAUCUCUCCUGUCCUCAGUGGUCAAUCGGCUCUGUGCAACAUUUGCAAAUAUCAUAGCAAUGAUAGUCGUCGACAGGUUUGGGCGCAGAAAGCUCUUUCUUGUAGGUGGUAUUCAGAUGAUAUUGUCACAGUUUGCUGUUGGUGCAAUCCUGGCUGCAGAGUUCAAGGACUAUGGAUCCAUGGACAAAGAGUAUGCUUACCUUGUGUUGAUCACCAUGUGUGUGUUUGUUGCUGGUUUUGCAUGGUCAUGGGGGCCAUUGACAUUCUUGGUCCCAACUGAGAUCUGCCCACUAGAGAUCAGAUCAGCAGGGCAGAGCAUUGUUGUUGCAGUGGUCUUCCUGAUGACAUUUGUGAUUGGACAGACAUUCCUUGUAGUUCUAUGCCGCAUCAAGUCAGGAACAUUCUUCUUCUUUGCAGGCUGGAUUUGCUUGAUGACAGUGUUCAUUUAUUUCUUCCUGCCAGAGACAAAGAAGCUGCCCAUGGAGCAGAUGGAGCAGGUCUGGAGGAAGCAUUGGUUCUGGAAGAGGAUUGUAGGGGAGGAAGAGGAGACAAAACAAGCAGAGAAAACAGCUCUGCCUAGCAUGUAAUGCUUUCUGAAUUGGAAUGCAUUUGAUCAUACAAAGUGUAGGGUUCUAAUUAGCAGAUGUAAGCUUGUAACUUUGUCUAAUUAUAGUGUACCUUCUAGUGUGUUAAUGUGCUCAGUUGCCGUGAAUGGCUCCUUCAGAUGGUAAUUACAAUUAAAUGUACAUCGAUGUUGUAACAAGGGGUCAAGGGUGGCAUUUUGUUUCUGAAUAGUAAUGGAAAAAUUAUUUUAUAUGCU